CGCCCAGGAACGGGCAAUGGCUCUCCUUCCCCCGCUGCUUGGUUUGAGUUACUUUUUACUGCUUUGACUCUAUUACCCUUUCUCUUUUUCGUUCGUACUCUCCCCACUACACUUUUACUAACAAACUAUGACGCAAGGAAUUAAACGAGCCCUCAUUUCUGCUCCCGGAAAAGUUAUUCUCUUUGGUGAACAUGCCGUUGUACAUAAAAAGCUUGCCGUUGCCGCUUCACUAGGUCUUCGAACUUAUCUGCAUCUCGAAGAAAAUGACACGGGCAAAUGUCGAUUGCACCUUCCUGAUGUCGACAUUGACUUGACUUGGGCUCUAUCUGAUCUGACACUUGACGUUGAUCGCGUCACUUUAGAAACUGGCCAUCCAAUGGAUAUUCCCGAGGAAAUCAAAAAACAGUUUGAGAAAUGGAUGGGCGUAACUCAAAGAGAAGCACAGCGACAAGCCGUACUUGCAUUCCUGUAUCUUUUCUUUGUCCUCAAGACCGAUAAGCCUACCUCCUUUGGUUUUACAAUCAGUACCCGGUCCACGCUUCCUGUCGGUGCAGGUCUCGGUAGCUCGGCCAGUUUUGCCACCUGCAUUAGCACUGCAUUGCUUGUCCUCUUUCAUCAUAUCCCAGUCGGCUUUGCUCAGUCUGAAAAGAGAGAAAGUCAUCUCGACACCGUGAAUCGUUAUGCGUACAAGGCAGAGCAGGUCAUUCAUGGUAAUCCGAGUGGUCUCGAUAACUCUGUUUGCACUUUUGGCGGUGCUUUGUCAUUCAGAAGAGGCGAACGAUUCGUGCCGCUCGAAGGUUUUCAAUCAUUGCAAUUGCUCUUGACAAAUACCAAGGUCCCUCGUUCUACGAGUGCCUUGGUGGCAGGUGUUACUGCCAAGAAAGAAAAAUACCCACAAGUGAUUGAUCCCAUCUUGGAAUCAAUCGACAAUAUCUCGCUGCGUUGCUGUGAAGCAUUUAAGCGUAGUAACAAGGAUAGUCUUGCCGAAGAAUUGGAGGAUCUUGUUGAUAUGAACCACUGUCUUUUACACGCUCUUGGUGUGAGCCAUGGCAGUUUGGAAAAGGUCCGGUCUGUAACCGGCGAGUAUGGUGUAAAGACCAAGCUUACUGGCGCAGGAGGCGGUGGCUGUGCGCUGUCAAUCAUUCGCGAUGAUGUAAAUGUGGAAACAACCAACUUGGUUGCUCAAAAGUUGGCUGCAGAAGGAUUUGAUUGUUAUCGAACGUCGCUUGGCGGUUCAGGUGUCAAUGCAGUCGUUUUAGACAACAGUUUAGAUCAAGCAUGGUUGAUGAGCGCCGAUCGUGAAACUUUGGAAAUGCAUGCUACUUAGGGAUUCUAUGUGGUUCUUAUCUCAUUAGCUAUUGAAUCCCGUUCUGCUGUUACUCUUUCCACCCUCACACAUAUUUAUAUUAUUAACAUCACACAAGCAACAACAAUAACAA